AUGGCCAGAAUGCCUGACGAGUCUAACGUAACUAAACAAGAAUUAGGGAUAUAUAACGGUGUCUCAUUUACAAUUGUCACAAAGCUUUUAGCAGAAGGUGCUAAAUCGUACCAACUUGGUUCGAAACUCUUAGAUGAUGAGAAGCUUCUCGCUAAUAAGAAAUUUGAAUAUUCGGGGGAACUGCUCAUCGUAGAUUCGGUGUUUUCAGGAUCUGGCCGGGAUAAAGACUGCGAUUUCGCCACGAACGUCAUAGCACAAUUCUUUGAGCAGGUUAUUGUCCCUUACCGCCUAAUAAAAACUACAUCCAAGUCAUCUGUCAUAGAACUGGCCUCGAGCAUUGACAGCACUAGACAGUACACUGUUCUCUUUCUUUCUGGUGAUACAUCGAUAUCAGAAUUCGUUAAUAACCUGCCCUUGAACCACGACUGUAUUUCAGUGCUUCCAUUCCCAAUGGGUACAGGAAAUGCAUGGGCAAGCUCUUUGAAGUUGAUGGAUCCAGCUGUCAUAUUCUCACAAUUUGUCAAUGGUAAGUUGUCCUGCAACGAUUUCCCGUUGUAUAGGGCAACUUUUGACAACGGUUAUGUCCUUAAAUUCUUCAUAAUUUUGUCACUGGGAUUUCAUGCAAAUUUACUUCAUCUCUGCGAAGAAGAUGAGUACCAGAAAAUGGGCAUUGAAAGGUUUAGAGUUGCUAGCCAGCGAAUUUUAAGAGAAUACAAGCUCGAAUCUCGCGUCUCUAUUCCCGAUAUUCUGGAAGGAUCUUUUAGUUAUUUUGCGUUAAUAAAUACCACAAAUCUGGAGCCAACUUAUAUGCCAUCUCCCGAUUCUGAUCCAUUGGAAUCACAACUACAUGUAUUGGCAUACCAGUCUUCUCUGGAUAGAGUAGAAUUCCAGAAAAGGGUAUUUAUGGGUUAUUCAAAUACGAAGCAUUCAAACAUCUUACAGAAUGGAACGUUUUACAGACCACUGCCAUUUUGUUUUAACGUCGAAGUACUAGACGAUCCGUCACAAAAGAGCAACUUUGAAGUUUGCUGUGAUGGGCAACUUCUUAACUUACUAGAGUUAGAGGGAAAGAAUACUCCACCAUCCACGAUAAGAAUUGAGACUUGUACGGAGCCAUCAUUAAAAGUACUACAUUCUUUAUAA